GGCAGGAAAAACCUUAUCUUUUAACACAAAACAGUAAACUUUUAUCCAAAUUUUGAGAAACAGAGUAACCAAAAGACUGUAAUCAUAUAUCCAUGGCGGUUUUAAGCUGCCAAACAUACUUUAUUAAUUCUAAAAAAAUUAUAAAGACAAAGCCAUUCAUCUGUUGCUCAUCAUCAUCAUCUCAAAAUAAUGUGAAGGUAAUCAUAAAUGGAGCUGCUAAGGAAAUUGGCAGAGCUGCCGUUAUUGCUGUCACUAAAGCUAGAGGAAUGGAAUUGGCUGGCGCUGUUGAUUCUAAUUUUGUUGGACAAGAUAUUGGACAGGUUUGUGGCAUGGAAGAGCCUCUAGAAAUACCAAUAAUUAACGACCUUACCAUGGUCUUGGGUUCAAUAUCUCAGUUAAAAGCAACUGGAGUAGUCAUUGAUUUCACUGACCCUUCUACAGUUUAUGACAAUGUCAAACAGGCAACAGCAUUUGGGAUGAAUAGUGUAGUUUACGUGCCCAGAAUUAAGCAAGAAACUGUCAUGGCUUUAUCUAUGUUAUGCGAGAAGGCCAGCACGGGUUGUUUGGUUGCACCAACUCUUUCAAUUGGAUCCAUACUUCUCCAGCAAGCAGCAAUUUCAGCUUCUUUUCACUAUAACAAUGUUGAAAUUGUUGAGUCUAGAGCUAAUCCUCUGGAUUUUCCAACCCAGGAUGCAGUUCAAAUUGCUAACAACCUUUCCAAUUUGGGUCAGCUGUAUAAUAGAGAUGACAUUUCUAGUGAUAUUCCGGCAAGGGGUCAAGUUCUUGGGGAAGACGGGGUGCGUGUUCACAGCUUGGUUCUACCAGGGCUCCCAUCUAGUACAUCAGUUUACUUCUCGAGGCCAGGAGAGGUUUACACACUAAAGCAUGAUAUCACAGAUGUGCAAUGUCUCAUGCCAGGCCUGAUUCUGGCCAUUAGAAAAGUUGUUCGCCUCAAGGUACCAUCGAUUAACCAUUUCUUAACAUAUUUCAGCAUCGAUUUUACAGACUACACAACACUCUUUGUUUUCCCUUGGCAGAACCUGGUCUAUGGCUUGGAGAAGUUUUUAUAAGAACAGAUACUAAGAGGCUAAAGGGACCAUAGGCAACACUGAGAUAUCUUGUAAAGAGUACAUGAAUGGAGAGAUAUGAAAGACAGAUGCAGCCAAGAGAGAAAUUCCCGAUAUACUGCUGUUAAAGGAAUGUUACAAAAAUGUCGGAUCACAAUAAGCAACUUAUUAAACAGCUGAUAAAAUCUGAGAAUAUUUUUUUUCCA